AAAAUUAAAAUAAAAAACAAUGUAUCUAGUUUUACAUGAUCAGCUAAGAAUACUGACAACACAGUAACAAAAAUAGUCACACGUUUUUGCAAAAAGUUAGUGCUUCACUUGAAUUUUACAACACAUCAUGCUUACACUCGCAUUAUCCGGCAGGAAGAGGUGGAGUUUUUCGGCCCCGUCGAAGCCGGUUGGAACUGAAUUUCAUCUGGGGAAAAACAGUAAAAACACACACAAAGGAGCAUCGGUACACAAGAUUAUGGCAAAGUUUCAGGCCCCUGUGAUCCAGGACAACCCGACUGGAUGGGGUCCAUGUGCGAUUCCAGAGAAGUUUAGAGACAUGCCGUAUCAGCCGUUCAGCAAAGGAGACCGUCUGGGAAAGGUUUCUGACUGGACCGGAGCGACUUACCAAGACAAGAGAUACCCAAAUCGGUACACGUCCCAAUUCGGAGGGGGCAGUGUUUACGCCUACUUCCAUGAGGAAAAUGAGACCACCUUCCAGCUGGUGGACACGGCGAAGACUCAGAAGACGGCCUACCAGAAGAACCGCAUGAGGUUUGCUCAGAGGAACCUCCGCAGGGACAAAGACCGCAGGAACCUGACGCAGUUCAACAUGCAGACGCUCCCCAAGAGCGCCAAGCAGAAGGAGAGGGAUCGAAUGCGGCUCCAGAAGAAAUUCCAGAAGCAGUUUGGCGUCCGUCAGAAGUGGGACCAGAAAUCCCAGGCCCAGCAGAAGCCCAGAGACUCCUCUGUGGAGGUGAGGAGCGACUGGGAGGUGAAGGAGGAGAUGGACUUCCCCAGACUGAUGAAGAUGAGAUACAUGGAGGUGUCCGACCCCGUUGACAUUGAGUGCUGUGGAGCUCUGGAGUACUACGAUAAGGCUUUUGACCGCAUCACCACCCGCAACGAGAAGCCUCUGAGGAGCAUCAAGAGGAUUUUCCACACCGUGACCACCACAGACGACCCCGUGAUCCGCAAGCUGGCAAAGACUCAGGGGAACGUCUUUGCCACCGACGCCAUCUUGGCCACUUUGAUGUGCUGCACGCGCUCAGUCAACUCCUGGGACAUCAUUGUGCAGAGAGUGGGCAACAAGCUGUUCUUUGACAAGAGAGACAACUCUGACUUUGAUCUGUUAACGGUGAGCGAGACGGCUAACGAGCCCCCCCAAGACGAGGGCAACUCCUUCAACUCUCCCCGUAAUCUGGCCAUGGAGGCGACCUACAUCAACCACAACUUCAGCCAGCAGUGUUUACGCAUGAGGGGCGAGCGUUACAAGUUUCCAAACCCCAACCCGUUCGUGGAGGAGGACAUGGACAAGAGCGAGGUGGCGUCUGUGGCCUACAGGUAUCGUCACUGGAAGCUGGGAGACGACAUCGACCUGAUCGUCCGCUGUGAACACGACGGAGUGAUGACCGGCGCCAACGGAGAGGUGUCCUUCAUCAACAUCAAGACCCUGAACGAGUGGGACUCCAGGUACUGUAACGGAGUGGACUGGCGUCAGAAGCUGGACUCUCAGAGAGGAGCCGUGCUGGCCACUGAGCUGAAGAACAACAGCUACAAACUGGCCCGCUGGACCUGCUGCGCCAUGCUGGCCGGAUCCGAGUAUCUGAAACUGGGGUACGUGUCCCGUUACCACCUGAAGGACUCGGCUCGUCACGUCAUCCUGGGAACCCAGCACUUCAAACCCAACGAGUUCGCCAGCCAGAUCAACCUGAGCAUGGAGAACGCCUGGGGGAUCCUGCGCUGCGUCGUCGACAUCUGCCGCAAGCUGGACGAGGGCAAAUACCUGAUCCUCAAAGACCCCAACAAGCAAGUGAUCCGGGUCUACAGCCUACCUGAUGGGACGUUCAGCUCCGAUGAAGAGGAGGAGGAAGAAGAAGAUGAAGAGGACGUGGAAGAAGAAGAAGAAGACGAGGAGAAUUGACUUCAGCGACCAAAGCAGCCUUGAAUCUGGGAACUCCUGCAGGCUUUCCAUAAAGAAAACCGCUUUUGAUGGGAUCCAAACGCACCUCACAGCUUCCUCUGUUACUUUAACCCAGGUUUUUGUUUUUACCGUAAUGUUUCUGGUUUAAACAUUACGGUCUUCAUGUUUCCAUAGCGCUUUGUCAUCUCUAGAUAAGCUUUUGAACUUUCUCUGUAUGAAAAAAGAACUUAACAAAUAAAGCUGCUUCGUCUUUACA